AUGGGCGAAGGACGAUCUAGACGGGCUCGCAUCAUCUCGAGCGUGGCUGCGACGGCUAUUGCUCUGGCAUGCGGCUCGAAUUAUGUCUACUCCGCGUGGGCACCUCAAUUCGCCGACAAGUUGCAGCUCUCAACCACACAGAGCAACCUCAUCGGCCUUGCUGGGAACCUCGGCAUGUACACCUUGGGUGUUCCAACCGGCAUAUUGAUCGACACACGAGGCCCGCGGCCUUUUGUUAUCGUCGGCGCGGUGCUCCUGGGUCUCGGUUACUUCCCUAUCAAACAGGCCUUUGAUGCGGGAUCUGGAUCGAUACCCACGCUGUGCUUCUUCUCGUUUCUGACCGGUUUCGGCGGCUGCAUGGCCUUCGCAGCCUCGAUCAAGACGUCGGCGUUGAACUGGCCUCAUCACCGCGGUACUGCGACGGCAUUUCCCCUGGCGGCUUUUGGCCUGAGUGCAUUCUUCUUCUCGCUCCUCGGCCAGCUGGCCUUCCCAGGGAAUACUGGAGGCUUCCUCUUACUUCUGGCCCUCGGCACCUUUGGCAUCCCUUUCUGUGGCUUCUUCUUCCUGAGGGUAUUGCCGCCUAGUUCCUAUCAUCCUUUGUCGGAUGCUCCGGACAGUCAUGAUCCAGUUGAAUCCCAGCGACUGCGCAGAACUUCCUCCCAGGAAGCAAAGCCGGUCCGGCACGGGCGUCUCUUCGUUGAACCUGGUAUGUCCGAAUCUACAGCACCCGAGACAUCCUCAGAAGCCCGCGCCUCGCCGAGCCAUCAUCCGACCAGUGAUGCCCUGGCCGAUGUCGAGAGACAAGCUAUUGAGGAAGAGGAGGAAGAGAUGGACGAGACGUCGUCGCUAGUCUCGAAGUCAUCAUCCCUGCCUGGCGAGGUGUUAGUGCAGAGCAGUGUUGAUUUAGAUCGUUCUCAUCGUGUAGACAUCCGCGGCUGGCGUUUGCUGCGUAACGUGGAGUUCUGGCAGUUUUUCACCAUCAUGGGCCUUCUGUCUGGUAUAGGACUCAUGACCAUCAACAACAUCGGCCACGAUGCCAAUGCUCUUUGGAAGCAUUACGACAACACUGUCGACAACACCUUUCUUGUCACCCACCAGCAGAUGCAUGUUUCGAUUCUGUCGGUCGGUAGCUUUGGAGGGCGGCUUCUCAGUGGCGUUGGUUCUGACUUCAUAGUGAAAAGGCUGCAUGCGAGCCGAGUUUGGUGCCUCGUUCUUGCUUCUGGCAUAUUCUGCUUCGCACAGUUCUGUGCCAUCACCAUCACCAACCCGCAUUUUCUCGGCCUCAUCUCUGGAUGCUCAGGCCUGGCCUACGGCCUGCUGUUUGGCGUCUAUCCGUCCAUCAUUGCUGAGACCUUCGGUAUCCACGGCCUGUCGCAGAAUUGGGGCUUCAUGACGCUCUCACCGGUUCUCUCGGGCAACAUCUUCAACUUGUUCUACGGCAUUGUGUUUGACAGCCACUCAAUUGUGGAACCGAGCGGUGACAGGAGCUGUUUGCAAGGCGUGCAGUGCUACCGAAAUGCAUAUCUGGUCACGCUCGGGGCAGGCUUUGUAGGUAUUGCCGUGACUUUGUGGGCCAUUCUGCACCAGCAACAGGCGCGUGCGAGAGAAGAGGGCAAGGGUUUAGCUGAGGACUAG